UGCGGCUCCACGCUCCACGCCCGCCCGGUACCAAUGAGAAACUACUACAGCGGUCCCCUGGCGUGUACCGUUGACAUCAUCAAGAGGGAAGGGCUCCGGGGCUUAUACAAGGGGCUUCUAACAAUGUUCAUUAGGUAGGCAAUUGUUACAACACUACUUAGGUAGGCAAUUGUUACAACACAACUUAGGUAGGCAAUUGUAACAACACAACUUAGGUAGGCAAUUGUUACAACAUAACCUAGGUAGGCAAUUGUAACAACACAACUUAGGUAGGCAAUUGUUACAACAUAACUUGGGUAGGAAAUUGUUACAACACAACUUAAGUAGGAAAUUGUAACAAAACAACUUAGGUAGGCAAUUGUUACAACAUAACCUAGGUAGGCAAUUGUAACAACACAACUUAGGUAGGAAAUUGUUACAACAUAACUUAGGUAGGCAAUUGUUACAACAUAACUUAGGUAGGGACUUGACAUGUUUUAGGGUGGCUAGAUGUCUUUGCGGUCUAAAUUUGAGUUAAUUCAAUAUAUAUGUGUACAUUGAAUCCACCGCUGUUCCAUAUUUAUUAUGUGAACUUUGUUUUAAAUUCAUCUCAUUUUUGUGUUUGUUAAACUAACGAUGGCGUUUGGCCGAAACGUAAAAAUUUGUAAUUUUAUCCUUUUGUUAUAAACAAUACGUAAUAAAAUAAUCUGCUUCUUUAUCUAUUUAGCUUUUGUCGCAGCCCAACCAUCUUAGAAAAUGUUCAUUAGAUAUGACUUAGAAAUGUUCAUUAGAUAUGAUAUGGAAAUGUUCUAUAACACAUGAUAUGGAAAUGUUCAUUAGAUAUGAUAUGGAAAUAUUCAUUAGACAUGAUAUGGAAAUGUUCAUUAGAUAUGAUAUGGAAAUGUUCAUUAGAUAUGAUAUGGAAAUAUUCAUUAGAUAUGAUAUGGAAAUAUUCAUUAGACAUGAUAUGGAAAUAUUCAUUAGAUAUGAUAUGGAAAUGUUCAUUAGAUAUGAUAUGGAAAUGUUCAUUAGAUAUGAUAUGGAAUUGUUCAUUGGAGACUAUGUGGAAAUGUUCAGAUUAUAUUUUUCAAAUGCAAUUUUAAUGAAAAUUAAUGUUUUGCUGCAGUUCAUAAAAACAAAUGUCAUUAGUCUAUUGGCGAAUGAAAAUCAGUGCAUACAUCGUGUUCGUAAAUGCCAUGUAUUCGUUGGCCUCUUAACUAGUGCGGUCUCCACGCCAAUCUGCCCCCGUCAUGCAUUUCUUUCCCUUGCAUUUGUAUUCGUUGGCCUCUUAACUAGUGUGGUCUCCACGUCACGCUGUCCCAGUAAUGCAUUUCUUUCCCUUGCAUUUGAUGACUCACCAGGGAUGUGCCAAGUUUUGGACUGUACCUCUUGGUCUACGAGGGGCUCCACAAGUACAUGGCACACCAUGGGCUGUCCGACAACAAGGGCGUCAUGGCAGCCAUAGUGUCCGGGGGCGUGGCCGGGUGUGUCUCGUGGGCUUCCAUCAUGCCCUUUGACGUCAUUAAGAGUCGGCUUCAGGUGAGUGAAACGAUUUCUUGUGGUGAGUGA